CUGAAACUAGGUGGAGAUCUGCAUCUGUUGUCACCAGAGAGAGAGAAAGACAGACAAGCAAGCAACCGGACCUGGAUCCAGACUGCAUCUUAUGGGAUCAAGGAGAAUCUGCAGAACUAUCUAAGAAGCAAAGAUGGAUUUUUUUUAUUGGACCACCAGAAGACCCCAGAGGAGAAGCUGAGGCAGAACCAGUGGGCGCUCACCCGGGCCAUGAGGGAGCUCGACCAAGAGAAGCAGAAACUGGAGCAACAAGAGAAGAAAAUCAUAACCGACAUUAAGAUGGCCAAACAGGGGAAAAUGGAUGCUGUCAAAAUUAUGGCUAAGGAUUUGGUCCGAACGCGGCGAUACAUGAAGAAGUUCAUAAUGAUGCGGGCAAACAUCCAGGCCGUGUCUCUCAAGAUCCAGACCCUAAAGUCUAACAACUCCAUGGCCCAGGCUAUGAAAGGGGUUUCUAAAGCCAUGGCCACCAUGAACAGACAGUUGAAGCUUCCUCAGAUCCAGAAGAUAAUGAUGGAAUUUGAAAAGCAAUCAGAAAUUAUGGACAUGAAGGAGGAAAUGAUGAAUGAUGCCAUUGACGACACCAUGGGUGACGAAGACGAUGAAGAGGAGACUGAUGCUGUGGUCUCUCAAGUCCUGGAUGAAUUGGGCCUCACACUGACUGAUAAGCUGUCCAACCUUCCCAGUACAGGAGGGUCCCUCAGUGUGGCCGGGGCCAAGAAAGGAGAACCCACAGCUGCUUUAGCCGAUGCUGAUGCAGAUCUGGAGGAGCGGCUGAACAAUCUGCGACGGGACUAAAAAGUCACACCCUGCACUACACAGACUCUGGGUUUUAUCUCUGUUUUUUCGGAGUUAUAUAUGGGGAUGUAGAGAAAUGGUUCAGAGCCUCGUAUACUGAGAGCAUUAGAAUGGCUGGAUUGCAGUCAGCGUGUUCAUCUUC